GGGACUACCUCGCAAAACCCACCACAUACUCUCCUUUUCAUCACCCAACUUGGCAAGUCCAGCGAUCGGCAGGAGGAAACAAGGCAGUCCCCGCCGGUAGUGGCUGCCCACGUUAUCGAUCCGAUCAACCAACUUCAUCUCUUCGAACCGUCACAUUCUAAACCACACGCCGUCGACCUGAACUCAGUCGUCCUUUGGGACAAUAACCGACGCCAUGCCUUCUUUAAAUACACACGCCUCCUUCCACCGGCCACGGACCAGUGACCGUGAUGCCCGUCCCGGCACCCGCGACCAAGCCGACGUCAAUCCCGCCAUCCCCAGCCGCAGCUCGUCCCUUCACUCUCGCAUCACUCAACCAAUGCCCAACUCACUCAAUGGCAAGCCUCAGCAGCGCACCCCCAAGACCUUGACUCAUGCCUACAUGGUGUGUGGUGUCGGCCGUGAGCCUUCACAAUGGGUCAAGGCUCCUGCUCCGGCCCAGGGCAAGAUCGGCCAUAUGAAGGGUGCUGUUGGCCAAUUCUGGCUUCCAGAGAUCCUGGGAAGCAGUCCGAGGUUGGAACAGGAUAAUGAGAUUGCUCGCGCUCUUCACAACGCCAUGAGGGCUUGCUUCCCCCACGACGUCGAAAUUUGCACUGGCCGAAGUCAACCACACUGCGUUCACCAUGCCUUUGUUCUUCAGCAGGAUUCCUCCCACACCUUGUACGGAAUUUGCUUGCGUGUCUGGUCCCGCGCCGACGAGAAGAGAGCCGAGACGAUUCGAGAGCUCAGGAGGAGGACCGAACCCGACUUUUUCGACAACCCGGAUGAGCAGUACUGGAUCCCUUACUGCUUGUCUUUCCUUUCUCGUUACCCGCUUUACAACCUGCUUGGCGACUACCUUCGCGGCAUGUGGAUUCACUGGAACAAGGCUACUAACCUGUUCCACGCUGAGGAGGUGUCACGCAUUCUCAGCUUCCCUGCUCCUCGCCUGAACGACCUGGUCCGCAUCGACAUGAAGGAUUACGCCCUGUGCUACCAGUUUCCCUCGUCGCCCACUGGCUUCCAGAACUUUGCCAUGUGGCCGCUGUUCAACUGCUUGUCCAUUCCCAACAUUGUUGGUGUCAUCGAGGCCGCUAUUUCGCCGACUCGCCGCAUCAUCUUUGUCAGUCACUACCCGGCCAUGUUGACGAUGGCUGCUGAGACUGUUCGCUUUGCUGUGCGCGUUUAUGAGUGGAGUGGUCUUUAUGUCCCCAUCGUUCAUGCCCGCCAUGCUACUCAGCUUGCUGAAGAGCCUGGUCCGUAUAUCCUGGGUAUUACGGCCGAGUGUAGGUCGCUCUUCACGCCUCCCGCGGAUGCUCUGGUUGUCGAUCUCGACCGCAACUUUGUUCUCACUUCAAGCCCACCCACCGCCCUUUCCCCUAGUCAGCGCAAUAAGUUUGUGACCCGUCUAACUCAAGCUCUCAACGGGGACGUCACGCCUUCUGGCGUUCCUCCCCACCUUCGCUCCGCUUAUGGCGGUGGAAAGCUGAUCCCCGCUGGUCAGAUCAUUGUCAUGCGUGGAGAGGUCGAGUCAAUCCAGGACCCUGACUGGUGGAACCAGGAUGCCGUUAUGUCUGUCAUGGAUCAUGUGUGCGAGAAGAUGGGCCGCAACACCGGCAUCAAGGCCGUCUUUGGUGGUUCCGCUAAGAAACCUCUGAUGACAAAGGUGUCUAUGAGACACCUGAACGAGAUUGUUCGUGAGCGAAACCAGUACUCGCGCGAUGCGAUGGAGGCUUGGCAGGAUUUCAUCAACCUUAAGGGGCGUAUGGAGACGGAGCUCAGCAAGGUCACCAAGAGGAACAACUACCUUAACGAUGAGUUGGAGAGCUGGAAGCAGCAGUUCCUCAAGUUCCAGACCUUUGCCGAGACCCUCACCAAGGAGACCCAGGACCUCAAGGCCAAGAUCGAAAACUCGAAGCGCGAGAACCGGCGUCUGGGCAGCCUUAUCGAGGAGCACAGGAGCGACUACAAUCGCCUACAGAUGCGCCUUCAGGGUACGGAGAAGCAGCGUGAUGAUGCCCUUGAAGCCCUUGUGCUUCAGCAAGAGAUCGCCGAGGAGUUGGAGAGAGAGCGUAAGAGAAAUAGGAAGGAGCUUACUGCCCUGCAACACACCAACAACACCAUUACCCGGCAACGCGAUGAGGCCCGUCGCGUGGUGCUUCACCUUCGCAGCCUGAUUUCCGGCCAACACCAUCACAUGGAGCACAUUGUCAAGACCAUGACCUCCCCACAGGAGUUGGCUGCCGAGAUUGAAGCUGGCUUUGUAGCAGCUGCACAGGAGGCGGAGGAAGCCACUGCUGGCGAGGAGCCCAACAACGAGAGGUUCAUCAAGAACCUCACCCUGGCGAGCAAGCGCAUCUCGUCGCAGACCUUUGUCGACGUGGCGGACCGUCAUCUCAAGGACAAGACCGAUGCUAUCGCGCAUAUCAUCCGUAACAUCGCCGAACAGUGCCAAGCGGCGGUAGACGGACUCCAGCUGGCGCAAGACGCCGAACUCGGCACACACCACGAACCACUCUCGGCGAAAGGGGCCGGGAUGUAUUCAAAAAGCAGGAGAGGGAGUAAUCUCUCAAUCGCCCACAGCGAUGACGGCGCCACCUCGGUCGCGACCACCGAGGCCGGCGACGACUCUUUUCUUCUCAACCCCGAUAGGAGCGGACGGUCCAGCAUCCCGCCCACACCGGAUCUCAUUCCCAACCGCAGCAGCACUAGCAUGUCAAUCGCUAGCACGGCGACGACCCCUGAGCGCACCUCCCAAUACUAUAGCCUGGGGCACCACGACAUCCCCACAAGAAUCCUCGAAGACGACGAGGAUGAGCUCGCCGGCGAACGGAGCGAGAGUGAGAACCCCAUCCCGCAUGAGCCAAGCGUUCGCGUCGGCAAGCACGCCGAGUCCCUGAUCCACCGUCCUUCGGGUGCGAGGAUCAGCGCCCUGGGUAGCUCUCGUUAAGCGUACGAAUUAGAAAGAGUGAAAGGACCGAUCUAUCUAUCUAUCUAUCUAGGCUAGGAACUGGCAGUGCUAUCUAGUUGUUGAUCCGAGAUUCUUUUUUGGAAAUUUUUGGAAACACACACACAAGGGACA